GCGGCGGGGACGCGCGCUUCGCCUGGGUCGCCGGCGGACGCGCGCAGCAGUCCGAGCCUCAGACGCGCCAGAGCGAGGACCCGCGCAGGGACAGCCGGACUGAGGCAGCUGGAGGCGACAGCUUCUGAAACACGCACGACAGCUGCAUUUCGGGGUCUUGGGCAGUAACGCCCCGGCGGGACGGUGGGCGCGGCGCGAAAACGGAUUUUGGUGGUAUUCUCCAGUGACAUCCAGUACCUCUGCCUGCUGAAGGCUUUGACCGAGGCUGCUCUCAGCUGCUGACAUCAUCCUGAGCAAAGGAGGGUGUAGAAAUCAGGGGCACCUUGGGAGGCUUCUGACCGGUGGAUCUUCUGAAGAGCAAUGCUAAGACAACCUUUGGCUUAAAGAAUUAAAAAGAAAAUUUACAUCUUCAAGUAAGAAGACUUUCUUCAAAGUUCCCUGCAUGAGAAAUUAUUUGAGCGUUGCCCGCGACUCUUCUGCGAGAGAAGAAAAGGAAAUUCCGUGUGUGGGUCUCAGCAGGAGAAGAGCUGAUGCAGCUUAAAAUAAUGCCGAAAAAGAAGCACCUCUCCGCAGGCAGAGUGACCCUGAUUCUCUUCCUGUGCCAGAUGAUUGGUGCCCUGGAUGUGCCUCUUGAUCUGGUGCAGCCUCCAACCAUCACUCAACAGUCACCAAAGGACUACAUUGUUGACCCUCGGGAGAAUAUUGUGAUCCAGUGUGAGGCUAAAGGGAAGCCUCCUCCCAGCUUCUCCUGGACUCGCAAUGGAACUCAUUUUGACAUCGACAAAGACCCUCUGGUCACCAUGAAGCCUGGCUCAGGAACACUCGUCAUCAACAUCAUCACGGAGGGGAAAGCAGAGACCUAUGAAGGGGUCUACCAGUGCACAGCAAGGAACGAGCGUGGCGCUGCUGUCUCUAAUAACAUUGUCGUCCGCCCAUCCAGGUCACCCUUGUGGACCAAAGAAAGACUUGAACCAAUCACACUUCGAAAUGGUCAGUCAUUGGUACUUCCCUGUAGGCCUCCAAUUGGAUUACCACCAGCCAUAAUAUUUUGGAUGGAUAACUCCUUCCAAAGACUUCCACAGAGUGAGCGGGUUUCCCAAGGCCUGAAUGGAGACCUUUACUUCUCCAAUGUCCUCCCAGAAGACACCCGUGAAGACUAUAUCUGCUAUGCCAGAUUUAAUCACACUCAAACCAUACAACAGAAGCAGCCUAUUUCUCUGAAGGUGAUUUCAGUGGAUGAAUUGAAUGACACUAUAGCUGCUAAUUUGAGUGAGACUGAGUUUUAUGGUGCUAAGCCUAGUAAAGAAAGGCCACCAACAUUUCUAACUCCAGAGGGCAAUGAAAGCCUCAAGGAGGAGCUAAGAGGAAACGUGCUUUCUCUGGAAUGCAUAGCAGAAGGCCUGCCUACGCCAAUCAUUUACUGGAUCAAAGAAGAUGGAACACUUCCUGUCAACCGGACGUUCUAUCGGAACUUUAAGAAAACCUUGCAGAUCACUCAGGUUACGGAAGCAGAUUCUGGAAAUUACCAGUGCAUAGCGAAAAACCCAUUAGGAGCCAUUCAUCACACCAUCACGGUCACAGUUAAAGCGGCCCCAUACUGGAUUGCAGCGCCUCAAAACCUCGUCCUAUCCCCAGGAGAGAAUGGCACCCUCAUCUGCAGAGCUAAUGGCAACCCCAAGCCCAGAAUUGCCUGGUUAACAAAUGGAGUCCCAAUAGAAAUUGCUCCCGAAGAUCCCAGCAGAAAAAUAGACGGUGAUACCAUUAUUUUUUCAAAUGUUCAAGAAAGAUUGAGUGCGGUCUAUCAGUGCAAUGCCUCUAAUGAAUACGGAUACUUACUAGCGAAUGCAUUCGUAAAUGUGCUUGCUGAACCACCUCGAAUUCUCACAUCUGCAAACAUACUGUACCAGGUCAUCGCAAACAGACCUGCUUUCUUAGACUGCGCCUUCUUUGGGUCUCCUCUGCCUACCAUUGAGUGGUUUAAAGGAACCAAAGGAAGCGCUCUUCAUGAGGACAUUUAUGUUUUACAUGAUAAUGGAACAUUAGAAAUUCCUGUGGCCCAAAAGGAUAGUACAGGGACAUAUACAUGCGUUGCAAGAAACAAAUUAGGGAUGGCAAAGAACGAAGUUCACUUGGAAAUCAAAGAUCCAACCAGAAUCAUCAAGCAACCCGAACACGCAGUCGUGCAGAGGGGGAGCAAAGUGUCCUUUGAGUGCAAAGUGAAACACGACCAUACCUUAAUCCCCACCAUCGUGUGGCUGAAGGACCAUGGAGAGCUGCCCAGUGAGGAAAGGUUCUCCGUAGACAAGGAUCAUCUGGUGGUAACUGAUGUCAGUGACGAUGAUGGCGGGACCUACACGUGCGCGGCCAACACGACGCUGGACAGAGUCUCUGCCAGCGCUGUGCUCAGGGUUGUCGAUGUACCGAAUCCUCCCUUUGAUUUAGAGUUGACCAAUCAACUUGACAAAAGCGUUCAGCUGACGUGGACCCCAGGCGAUGACAACAAUAGCCCCAUUACAAAAUUCAUCAUUGAAUAUGAAGAUGCAAUGCAUGAAGCAGGGGUAUGGCACCACCAGGCUGAAGUUUCUGGAACACAGACCACAGCACAGCUAAAGCUGUCUCCGUAUGUGAACUACUCCUUCCGAGUCAUGGCGGAGAACAACAUUGGGAGGAGUGUGCCCAGCGAGGCAUCGGAGCAAUACCUGACGAAGGCCGCCGAACCAGAUCAAAAUCCCACGGCUGUGGAAGGACUAGGUACAGAGCCCGACAACUUGGUAAUUACAUGGAAGCCCUUGAACGGUUUUGAAUCGAAUGGGCCCGGCCUCCAGUACAAAGUGAGCUGGCGUCAGAAAGAUGGUGAUGAUGAGUGGACCUCUGUGGUGGUGGCCAACGUAUCCAAAUACAUCGUCUCCGGCACGCCAACCUUUGUCCCAUACCUGAUCAAAGUUCAAGCCCUGAAUGACGUGGGGUUUGCGCCAGAGCCAGCUGUCGUCAUGGGCCAUUCUGGAGAAGAUCUUCCAAUGGUGGCUCCUGGGAAUGUGCGUGUCAAUGUGGUGAACAGCACCUUGGCAGAGGUACACUGGGACCCAGUACCUCUGAAGAGUGUCCGAGGACACUUACAAGGCUACCGGAUCUACUACUGGAAGGUGCAGAGCUCGUCCAAAAGAAACAGACGCCACGUUGAGAAGAAGAUCCUCACCUUUCAGGGCAGCAAGACGCAUGGCAUGCUGCCAGGGCUGCAACCGUACAGCCACUAUUUUCUCAACGUCCGAGUGGUCAAUGGGAAAGGAGAGGGCCCAGCCAGCAGCGACAGAGGCUUCCAUACUCCAGAGGGAGUCCCCAGUGCUCCCUCCUCUCUGAAAAUUGUCAAUCCCACCCUGGACUCUCUGACUUUGGAAUGGGACCCGCCGAGUCACCCCAAUGGCGUCCUGACUGAGUACACCUUAAAAUACCAGCCAAUUAACAGCACGCAUGAACUCGGCCCCCUGGUAGACUUAAAAAUUCCUGCCAACAAGACACGCUGGACUUUAAAAAAUUUAAAUUUCAGCACUCGGUACAAGUUUUAUUUCUAUGCACAAACAUCAGUGGGAUCAGGCAGCCAGAUUACAGAGGAAGCAAUAACGACUGUGGACGAAGUUCGAGCAGUAAACCCCAGGAUCAGCAAUCUCUCUGCCGCAGCCGCUGAGACGUAUGCCAAUAUCAGUUGGGAAUAUGAGGGACCAGAGCAUGUGAAGUUUUAUGUUGAAUAUGGUGUAGCAGGCAGCAAAGAAGAAUGGAGGAAGGAACUUGUAAAUGGUUCUCGAAGCUUCUUUGGGUUAAAGGGUCUCAUGCCAGGAACAGCAUACAAAGUGCGAGUUGGUGCUGAGGGGGACUCUGGUUUUGUGAGUUCAGAGGAUGUGUUUGAGACAGGCCCAGCGAUGGCAAGCCGGCAAGUGGAUAUUGCGACCCAGGGCUGGUUCAUAGGUCUAAUGUGUGCCGUCGCACUCCUCAUCUUAAUUUUGCUGAUCGUUUGCUUCGUCAGAAGAAACAAGGGUGGUAAAUAUCCAGUUAAAGAGAAGGAGGAUGCUCAUGCAGACCCUGAAAUCCAGCCCAUGAAGGAAGAUGAUGGGACAUUUGGAGAGUACAGCGAUGCAGAAGACCACAAGCCUUUGAAAAAAGGAAGCCGAACACCUUCAGACAGGACUGUGAAAAAGGAAGACAGUGACGAUAGCCUGGUUGACUAUGGCGAGGGGGUGAAUGGCCAGUUCAAUGAGGAUGGCUCCUUUAUUGGACAAUACAGUGGUAAGAAAGAGAAAGAACCAGCCGAGGGCAAUGAGAGCUCAGAGGCCCCUUCACCUGUCAACGCCAUGAACUCCUUUGUUUAAGUCUUUAGGCUCUGCGCCAAUGUCCCAUUUCUCUGGAAUGUCUUUCCUGAGCUCUUCUCGUCCCUCUCAGCCUAUGGACACGUGGGUAGAAAGGAUUUUUCUGCUGUCUGUGAGUAUUAUGAGAGCAAAGCAAGAACACAACUCAGUCACGCGAUACGUUUAUGUGAACUGGGGUGCAACGUGCAUACUUUUUGUUGCUCAGAGUGGGUUUUCUCAAUUUCCUUGGAACUGAUUAAAAAACAAUCCAACAUCAUCAUCCACAGCGCCCAUCAUUCCCUGUGCGGGAUACAGCUCCAUAAGCUGCAUGAAACAUGCCGCACUGAGGCCACACCGCGGAUGUGAUGGCGACAUGGUCAGGUACUUAGUGCCACUAUUCUCAGCUGAACCCUAACUAUGAAUUCCGUUGUUAUUGUGGAGAGUGUUCCUGUAGCGUUCUCUAGAGCUCCAAUGUCUCUGUGGGCAUUGUUGUGAAACUCGUGACUAUGUCUAGCUGUUGUUAGUCUUUCCGGGAGACUGUUAGGAACAGUGUGUACAGUAAAUACUUCCUAUGUGAAUUAAUUAUGACAGACACAUCUGCUAAUGCUCACCAAGGCUCCGCCACCUCUUCUUUGCUCCUGUUACUUCUUAGGCUUCUUAACCUUCCAGGUUACAGUGGCAGUGUCCCACUGCUUACGCUCUCUGUGUCCAGUUGUUUGGGGGCAUAAACAUGACAUUUUGUGAUCCCUUCUGGCGUGUGUGCCAUACAGAAAGAACCGAAGACAAAACUCUCAAGUUAGAUUUCAGAUCUUAGUCUAGAAGAUGCAGGGCGAGCCUCGUGCAGUGCCUUCAGAUACUCAGCGUCCCCUGACGCCUGUGCUCUAGACUGGCCAAUCUGAGCAGCUCCACCCUGUGUGACUGCUGUUGGGAGGGAGGAACUUUAAAAAGGCAUUGGCAGUGAGAACCGAAGUGCUGGAAAGCUGGGAAAGUAAAAACAAGUUUAUUUGAAGGGGCUUUCCCCUAUAAAUAUCAAAAGCAAAGAAAGCUUUGUCAUCAGCCUGAGAACAUGAUGGGCCUGUGGUCUUUUGUUGAAGAAAAUCGAGGUUGAAAAUGGAUGAAAAACACAUGAUUCUAGAACUGAAACACACAGCAGCAUGCGAACAGAGAUUCCAGUAUACCUAUAUGAGCUUCCAGACUGCAGCACUCAACAGUGUAUGUGCAAACUGCAACAGGCACACUCCAGAAUCUGCAAAAUCUGACAAGUGCUUAAUUAGGCCAGCAAUCAAAGGGAUUACAGCUGCAGCCUAAAGAAUAAAUGCAUAUACCUUACCAUAGUCAUAAACGAUGUAUAUGGGAUGACUUACCUCCAAUAUAAAAAUCUAUGACAACCUAUGGUUGAAGGAAUGCUCAAAUUCACUUGCCAAUAAAUUGGUUUCUCAUAACUUGCAUCAAGUUUAAUUUUAAGUAAAGCUUUUUCUAUGUAGAUAUUCUGUUGAAUUUGUAAAUAUGCGGAAAGUGUAGAUGCUCUAUGCUUAGAGGUGUUACGUGCAAAUAAACACGCGAGCAAUGUUUA